AUGACAACAUCAAUUAAUAUAUCAUCAUUGUUAGCUGAUAAAACUCCAGCUGUUACGAAAGAUGAUUGUUCAUAUUAUGGUCGAUUGAAUUCCACUAGUUUCGGUCUGAUAAGAUCAUACGAAGGAAUUCCAGAAAACAUUCUAGUUAAUCUGGUUGUUUCAACAAUACUUUUAUUACUGUUCGUUUAUUUACGUCGCCGAUUUUCUGAUUCGAAAAAUAUUGCUGAUGAAACCGAAAUAUCGACUCUUCUCUAUGGUCAAAAUAAUAAGUCACGGCAUUUUACUUCUAAUGUCCACGAAACAUAUUUUCGUCGAUAUUGUGUGACACGUUGGUUGUGGAUUCGAGAUUUAUUUAAAAUCAGUGAUUGGGAUGUCUAUCAAAAUUGUUCACCAGAUGCAUACUAUUAUCUUUUAUUCCAUACUUAUUUAAUUGUCUACUUAGUUUUUGUGACAAUUUUUUCAUUAACUAUUAUAUUACCAGUUAAUUUUCAAGGAACACAAGGAACAAUCGGGCAAAAGUUUGCACAUACAACUAUUGCCAAUUUACCGUCGAAUUCAUCAUUACUCUGGGUUCAUGCAUGUGCAUCAAUAUUAUUUGUAUUAGCUGGUAUUCUUGUAGCUUAUCUAUAUACAAAUGCAACCCAAUAUUAUGCGACAGAGGAUAUGGCAAGUCGAACACUAAUGAUAAGAGGUAUUCGCCCAUAUGCGUGUGAUGAAGAAAAAUUGAGUGAAUAUUUUAGUGAAGCAUAUCCAACAUUUCAUAUAACACAUUUAACGUUAGUUUAUAAUAUUGCUCAAUUACAACAUGUUUAUAAACGCCGUGAACUUAAUCUUCUUAUUUGGCAACAAAGUAAAAAAAUGUUUGAAGAAAGUGGUAAACGACCUGUUGUUCAUAAUAAUACAUGUGGACAAAUGUGUGGCUGGUUUUCAAAAGAGAUCGAUGCAAUUGAUUAUUAUGAAAAAUUAUAUAAUACAUAUAAACAUCGUGUUGAAGAUGAAUAUUUACAUGUUAGAGAAAAAAAAUGUGAAUUAGCUUUUAUUACAUUUUCAACACCUGAAGAAGCACAAUGGAUACGUUCAAAUUUUCGACUAACAUGUUUUAAAGCAGAUCAUCGACCAAAAACAUCAACAAGUAAAUCGCUCGUUGUUCAUGACUGGACUGUUAAUUUUGCACCUAGCCCAAAAAAUAUAAUUUGGAAAAACAUUCCAAUAAGUGAAGUUAGUCAUUGGCUUCGUAUACUCGUUGUUAAUACAAUUUUAGUAUUCUUCAUGAUAUUUUUAACAACACCAUCAAUUGUUAUGAGUACAAUUGAUAAAAUAGCUGAUAAAUAUAGUUCAAUUGACCCAUUAAAAACAGUAGCAAAACAAAUUCAUUUUCCAGUUAUAUUAACAUCUGUGAUGCCAGUAUUAUUAUUACGUAUAUUUGCUGCUGCAAUGCCAUCACUUGUUAGUGUAACAUCAUUACUUGAAAAACAAUGGAAAAAAUCUGCAUUAGAUAAAUCAAUGAUGAUUAAAUUAUUUGUUUUUCUUACAAUGAUGAUACUUAUUUUACCAUCAUUAGGUUUAACAAGUAUUGAAGGAUUUCUUCGUUGGGUUUUUAAAAGUGAAGAAAAUUCUACAAGUAAUAGUAGAAUUCGAUGGAUGUGUGUAUUUUUACCGGAUAAUGGCGCAUUUUUUGUGAAUUAUAUAAUAACAUCAGCAUUUAUUGGAGCUGCUAUUGAAUUGUUACGUUUAAGUGAUCUUAUCUUUUACAUUUAUAUAAUUCUAACAGCUAAAUCAACAGCUGAAAGACGUGUAAUUCGACAUGCUCUUCAAUUUCCAUUCCGUUUUGGUGUUCAAUAUGCUUGGACAUCGGCAGUAUUUUGUGUCAUCCUCGCAUAUGCUAUUGCUUGUCCACUGAUUACACCAAUUGGUUUAAUUUAUAUGCUUAUUAAACGUGCCGUUGAUAAAUAUAAUUUAGUAUUUGUUUAUGAUACUGAAAUAGCUGAUAAAAGUGUUCAUCGUUUAGCAGGACAUUUUAUAAUAAUUGCAUUAAUUAUUCAACAAUUAACAUUAUUGUUCUUUAUACUUGUUCGAUCGGAAACAUUAAAUUAUUUAUCAAUGACAUUAUUGAUUAGUUUUAUUUUGACAAGUGGUAUUUAUUUUGGUUUUUCAUGUUUUGACUGUUUUGGUCGUUGGAAAUCACAUAAACAAACAUUCUCAACAGCAGGAUUACCUGAGGUCAGCACUUCUUUUCUGCCACAUUCUAUUAGAUACAAAUCAUUGAAAAAAAUCUUCUCCAUUACACCUGGUAAUCGCCAAAAAUUGGAUGAUUUAGGUGAAUUAGAAGAAAUGGAAGGUCGUGAGAAAAAACAAAAUGCAACAUCGCAUUAUAUUCCAACGGUUUUAAAUGCAUGCAUCGAAGAAUUUAAUAUUCCUCCUAGUGCAACAAAGAUUCGUCGAAGUUCAACGCGUGAAUCAAUUCAACAAGGAAACUAUGGAACAAUCGAUCAAAUUUCUCAACCAAUUAUUGCUGGAACCGGCGAUGAGAAUGAUUUACUCACAGAUUGA